AUGAGGAUAUCUCUAUUCAAAUUUAUACUGGUCAUAUCUAGUGUCGCAUCGUUGGGUGUGAGUCUGGCUCUGGCACCAGCUGUACCCAAUGUACCGGGAUGCUUGCCAACGAGUGCCAAGUCGACUGGGUUCAAUGUAAAUUUCUACCCAUACCCUUUAAACAAUGCAGACUUAAUGUCAGAGUUAUCCUAUGUCCUGACUGGGUACAAGGCAACUGCGAGCCCAAUUGCUACUGCAUCUGGUAUUACUAAUAUUAACUUCAAUUACUGGAAUGGCCUUUACACUGUCGCUCCAGACACCUAUACCCUUUUUGGAAAAACCAUUACUAUUACCAAUUUUACAGCAGAGUUCACUGGUUACUACUAUGCAGCAACAACGGGAUCCUAUACCUUCUCUUUAACAGCAAUCGAUGACUCUGCUGCUGUAUUUUUGGGAGCUGAGGCUGCUUUUGAUUGUUGUAACUCUCGAACAAGCACCCUUUCUACUGAGUUCGUAAUCUUUACUUCAAAAGUGUGGAACGCGGCUUCUCUUGGAGCUGCGAGUGCCUCAGUUGUUCUUGCCGCAGGGACAUACUAUCCUCUCAGAAUUGUUUAUUCAAAUGCCCUUCAAAGGGCAGAAAUGACUUUCCAAGUAACGAAUCCUGCCGGUGUGGUAGCAACCGAUUUCUCAAACGUCUAUACGUUUGCAGAUACCGAAACGUCUUGUACCGCAUCUUCAGUAUCAUCCACUUACUUCCAAGUGCCAACAGGUUACACCACUUCAUAUGCCAAUAUCAAAACGAAGACAACUACGACUAUUACCGGAUCUAAUGCUGUCAUAGUUGAAGAAAUCGACCCAUACAAAACAACUACUAUCACGACAACCUCAGGGACAAGUGGGACAUUUACAACAACAGUCUCACCAGGUGCAACGGAUUCAAUUGUAACUGUCAUAGUCGAUCAUCCUACACCGGUAACCACCAAAACUACCACAUGGACAAAAGCUGGAACUUCAACCACAACCCUUUCAUUUAAGACGGGUGGAACGUUAACAGUAGACAUUGAGGUACCAAUUCCAACAGUAACCUCAACAAGCUAUUGGAGUAAGAGUACGACUUCUUACUCGACAAAAACAGCAACUGUAGGAGGAACAGCUACGGUAAUAGUCGACUUGCCGAAUCCUACCGUUACAGUAACUAGCAUUUGGAAUAGGCUCACUCUGUCAACCACAACAAUCACGGCACCACCAGGAGGUACUGCUACUGUAAUCGUUGAAGUCCCAACUCCAUUAGCAACCAUUACUUCUACUUGGACAGGUAAGGGAACCACCACCACUACUUUGCCUCACACUGUAGGUGGAACGGAGACUAUCGAAGUUGAAGUUCCUAUUCCUACUCUCACUGUGACAAGUACUUGGAAUGAGCUCACUCUGUCAACCACGACAGUGACCGCACCACCAGGUGGUACUGCUACUGUAAUCGUUGAAGUCCCAACUCCAUUAGCAACCAUUACUUCUACUUGGACAGGUAAGGGAACUACUACCACUACUUUGCCUCACACUGUAGGUGGAACGGAGACUAUCGAAGUUGAAGUUCCCAUUCCAACGGAAACCAUGACUUCCACAUGGGACAAGAGUUUUGAUUCCACUACCACGGUCUCUGCACCACCAGGAGGUACUGCUACUGUCAUCGUGGAAGUCCCAACUCCAUUAGAAACCAUUACUUCUACUUGGACAGGUAAGGAAACUACCACCACCACUUUGCCUCAUUCAGCAGGUGGAACAGAGACUAUCGAAGUUGAGAUUCCUAUUCCAACUGAAACCGUCACAAGUACUUGGAGUAAGCCUACAGUCUCCACCACCACAGUUACUGCUGUGCCAGGGGGUACUGCUACUGUAAUCGUGGAAGUCCCAACCCCAUUAGAAACGAUAACUUCUACUUGGACAGGUAAGAGAACUACCACCACUACUUUGCCUCACACUGUAGGUGGAACGGAGACCAUUGAAGUUGAGGUUCCUAUUCCAACGGAAACUGUGACCUCUACUUGGGACAAGAGUUUUGACUCUACCACAACAGUCACGGCACCACCAGGUGGUACUGCUACUGUCAUCGUGGAAGUCCCAACUCCAUUAGAAACGAUAACUUCUACUUGGACAGGUAAGGAAACUACCACCACCACUUUGCUUCAUUCAGCAGGUGGAACAGAGACGAUUGAAGUUGAAGUUCCCAUUCCAACGGAAACCAUGACUUCCACAUGGGACAAGAGUUUUGAUUCCACUACCACGGUCUCUGCACCACCAGGAGGUACUGCUACUGUCAUCGUGGAAGUCCCAACUCCAUUAGAAACGAUAACUUCUACUUGGACAGGUAAGGGAACUACCACCACUACUUUGCCUCAUUCAGCAGGUGGAACAGAGACUAUCGAAAUCGAAGUUCCUAUUCCUACUCUCACUGUGAUAAGUACUUGGCAUGAGCUCACUCUGUCAACCACGACAGUGACCGCACCACCAGGAGGUACUGCUACUGUCAUCGUUGAAGUCCCAACUCCAUUAGAAACGAUAACUUCUACUUGGACAGGAAAGAGAACUACCACCACUACUUUGCCUCACACUGUAGGUGGAACAGAGACUAUAGAAAUCGAGGUUCCUAUUCCAACGGAAACUGUGACCUCUACUUGGGACAAGAGUUUUGACUCUACCACAACAGUCACGGCACCACCAGGUGGUACUGCUACUGUAAUCGUGGAAGUUCCAACCCCAACUGUCACCAUUACUAGUACUUGGACUGGCCUCACAACAUAUAUUACCACAAUAGGAGCACCCCCAGGAGGCACGGCCACAGUUGAAAUCGAUGUACCUACUCCUAUUACAACCUUCACUAAAACUUGGACGG